AUGCAGAGGUCUCCUGCACGGCUAUUUGAGAUUACUGGGAAAAUCUCCGUCGACGACGUUGUCGCAAGAAGUGGACCAGGAUGGAAAGGCGGGAUCAACGCUGCUGUCCCAAAGCUCAGAGCGAAGUACCCUCGCGCGGCAACUGCCUUAUUCAAUGGCUCUCAAGCUCACAAAUCGGUUAAGGACCCUUCCGACCCCAAGCAAUGCGUUACUCUUUCCAUGUUCAGUGAAAAAGGAACGAGGAUUGGAUCUGCGCAUAUACACGAGGAUGGGACUUUUAAAGACUUCCCGUCUCGUGCUGGAAGAACCGGCAUCCAGGACACGGCGAAGGCUGACUCUAAGUCCUCUCCCUCUGAGUCUGUUUCUAAGACUUAG